CAACACGUGCAACUUGUUUUGUUUUAUUGAGUUAACUUGAGUUUCUGUUAGUUUAAUCGGAAUAUAAUAUGAAAAUCCGUAAGAAUCAUGUUCGUAAGCGUUAUCGCUACAAUGUUAAUCGCAAAACACUGAAUAAAACCCGUAAAAACAGUGGCAAAAUUAAGGAUCCUGAAAUGAAGAAGUUGUGGAUGGAAGGUCAGCGCGUGGGUACCAAUUUCAGUGAAAUGGGAUUGGCCAAAGAUCCCAACAAGUCUUUGGGCAUACCAAACUAUAAACGCGAAAGACUCGAGGCAGCAAAAAUUGUAAAUGGUUUUAUAGAAGAGGAGCUCGAUGAUGAGGAAUUGGCGGCAUUGGGCCCUAAGAAGGAAUCUGCAGAAGAAGCACAGAGUAGGAAACCCAAGCGUGGUCACGUCGUGCAGGAACUGGAACAGAUGGCAAUUGAUAGGCGAGCAGACCCUGAGUUCAGAUUACCCAAAGGCGUCGUCAAAGAGCUGUCAUAUUUCCUUAACAAACACAAAUUUAAUUAUAAGGCAAUGGUAACAGAUCGUCGCAAUCAUGGCCAAUGGACGUGGAGGCAAUUUCGUUUGAAGAUUCGUAGAUUUAUGUCGAUUCCAGAACAGUUCAAUGAAUACCUCGAACAAAAGAAGCUGCCAACUGGUGAAAAACCAGAUUGGCCAGAAUACGAAUCAGACAGUGAAUGGAAAUAAUUGUGGCUGACAUCUAAAGUAGUACAUAAGUAUACUUAUAUAUGGACAUGAAUACAUAAGAAUGUUUAAUUAA